AGUUGUUCGAGAACUUUAGUCGUAUUAAAUAUUUCGGCAAGAUAGGACCUAAUUUUAGAAUUUAAAACUGAGUUAAUCUCUCGAGCCCCUUUAAAAAUAUAAAACGACAAAAACCAUGUUUCGCUUAUUGACGCUAAAGAACAAUUUGACGCUUCAACGGAAUCUGGUCACCCGGAUGAGUGCUCGAUCUAACAUAGCCUCCGGUGCGGUCUACCGCUAUGCGCAUCGUUCCCGUCUUAUCGACGGCGUCGUGGUUGUGGACAUUAAUCUGGACGAUAUGGCCAAGGGCGACUUAGAGUUUGCUCGCAGUUUCACCAAAUCCAUUUCGUCUUUGGAUAGCUCUCUCUUCCAGCCAGCGGUGGGACCGGUGGGCCAGUCCGAGAAUCAGUUGCCUUCGUUGGAGGACGCUGUUCCCGCUGUUCCCGCUGAUGCACCGCUGCCGGCUGGUUCACCCGGUACCGUGAUGGACAAAGACGGCAAACCAUUGUCCAUAUUGAGAUUGACGGCUGGAAUCAGGAUAUUGAGGAUGAGGAGCCAGCUGCAGAGCAAAAGAACAACAACCAGGAUCUAGCAACAAAACCAAUGAAAGUGUCAAAAGUAACCGAAACUCCAAAAGAAGCGAAGCAUAAUUUUUGUUUAAAUCCCCAUAAGUCGAUGACUUAAUACAGUUUUGUUAUAAAAAUUGUUCUGAUCUUUAGAUCGACAUGUUAAGGGAACCACUUUAGAAAUCUUUUAAAUAAAGUUUUAAUUUGUGUCAGAUCUUAA